AUCAACACUCACUGUCUCAUCUGACAUCCCACUUCUCUCCUCUCCUCUUCCUCCCAACUUAGGGACUUGACAAGAUGAACAGGAAGCCAGGAGACUGGACCUGCAGAUCCUGCCAGCACCUCAACUUCAGCCGCCGGGACUCGUGCCAGCGAUGCAGCGACUCGAGGCCGAGCAGCGACCGCUCCGAGUACGCCAGCUUCGGCGGCGGCCGCGUCGGUGGAUCCUCGUUUGGCUUCAGCGGCUCCGACGUCCGCCCUGGCGACUGGUACUGCUCCUGCGGCGCCCAUAACUUCGCCAGCCGCUCGAGCUGCUUCAAGUGCUGUGCCUCGAAGGAGGACUCAGCAGUCGGCGGCGGCGGCGGCGGUGGUUUCGACGGCGACAUGCCACGGUCGCGGGGGUACGGCUUCGGCGGCAGCGGCGGCGGUGGGCGCGCCGGGUGGAAGUCCGGGGACUGGAUCUGCAACAGGUCGGGAUGCAACGAGCACAACUUCGCAAGCAGGAUGGAGUGCUUCCGAUGCAAUGCACCCAGGGAUUCCGGCACCGAAGUCUAAGGAGACGAUGAACCAGCGAAGAGACAACAGAAAGAGAUGAACGAGAGCUUCAGAUACGGUAGUGAUCUCAAGUUAUUGCUAGUUUUGCCUUUGGUCUUCUUCUUGAACCCUAAGUUCUGUGUUGAGUGUUCCUUCUCUCAGUUUCAAUUUGCUUUGAAGUCCUGUGUCCCUCACCCUUCUCCUGCACCUCUUCCUCCUAUCUUUGCAAUAGGUAAUGUGAAGUCUCUUUCUGCUUUGUUAUGAAUGAAGAUUAUAUGUAUGUCAUCCUCCAAAUGGUGGGGUAUGUUCUCGAGCACAUAACGCAAGUGGUCCAAGGAAUGUCUUGAGAAAUGCCAUGGCCUUUGACA